AUGAAUCUAAUCGUGAAGCUCCGCAGAAGUUUCAGAACGCUGGUUAUUCUCCUGGCAACAUUUUGCUUGGCAAGUAUCGUCAUUUCUGCCUAUUACCUCUACACCGGCUACAAGCAGGAAAUGGCCCUCGUGGAAACCACCGGAGAAGCAGAGUGCGAAGACCUCAAGCUUCUACCAUACAGGUCCAUGGAGCUGAAAACAGCUAAGCCAAUUGAUCCGUCUAAAACUGAUCCCACUGUCCUCCUCUUUGUGGAAAGCCAGUACUCCCAGCUGGGUCAAGAUAUCAUAGCCAUCCUCGAGUCCAGCAGAUUUCAGUACCACAUGGUCAUCGCACCAGCUAAGGGCGAUAUUCCCCCUCUCACAGACAAUGGAAGAGGAAAAUACACAAUUGUUAUAUACGAGAAUAUUUUGAAGUAUGUUUCCAUGGACUCAUGGAAUAGAGAGCUUCUGGAAAAAUACUGUGUGGAAUACAGUGUUAGCAUAAUCGGUUUUCAUAAAGCCAACGAGAACAGCUCCCCAAGUACGAAACUGAAAGGAUUGCCAUUACAUCUUUACAAUAAUGUAGCCCUCAAAGACUGUGUGGUAAACCCUCAGUCUCCCCUGCUGCGCAUUACCAAAGCGCCAAGGGUUGAGAAAGGUCCACUACCUGGUGAAGACUGGACAGUUUUCCAGUUUAACCAUUCCACCUAUCAACCUGUGCUUUUAACCGAACUGCAGACCUCCAGACCGCCCCCUGCGGCAUUGCCAAAGGCUGCUCUGUAUGCAACCAUCAUCCAAGACUUGGGGCUUCAUGACGGGAUUCAGAGAGUCCUUUUUGGAAACAACCUGACCUUCUGGUUGCACAAACUCAUCUUUCUUGAUGCCAUCUCUUUUCUGUCGGGGAAGAAGCUCACACUGUCCUUGGAUAGGUACAUUCUGGUUGAUAUAGAUGACAUCUUUGUUGGGAAGGAGGGAACGAGGAUGAACAUCAACGAUGUGAAGGCUUUACUAGAGACUCAAAAUUUACUGCGCACUCAGGUUGCAAAUUUUACCUUCAACCUUGGAUUUUCAGGAAAAUUUUACCACACAGGGACUGAAGAGGAAGAUAAAGGCGAUGACCUGCUGUUGAGGUCUGUGGACGAGUUUUGGUGGUUUCCCCAUAUGUGGAGUCACAUGCAGCCUCACCUCUUCCACAAUGAGUCGUCACUGGUGGAGCAGAUGAUCCUCAACAAAGAAUUUGCAAUAGAGCACGGCAUACCGACCAGCAUGGGCUACGCAGUGGCUCCACACCACUCCGGGGUCUACCCCGUUCACAUCCAGCUGUACGAGGCCUGGAAGAAGGUCUGGCACAUCCGAGUGACCAGCACAGAAGAAUACCCACACCUGAAGCCUGCACGGUACAGACGGGGCUUCAUCCACAAUGGCAUCAUGGUGCUCCCUCGACAGACCUGUGGCCUUUUCACUCAUACUAUUUUUUACAAGGAAUAUCCUGGGGGUCCUCAGGAACUGGACAAAAGUAUCCGAGGAGGUGAACUCUUCCUCACCAUUCUCCUGAAUCCC